AUGGUUGAUUAUCGCGAAGUUUUGAGGAAUGCUCUUGCAAGCGGAUUCGGAAUUGUCAGGUUCUUUAAGAUUGUGGAAUACAGGUUUUCCCAACGCGAUCAAGCAGAAAGAGAUUUGAAAAGAUCGCUGGAAGAAAUAGCGUCAGAAAAUGGCGAGCUAUCUCCCAAGGCACAGGAGAUACUCCGUAAUUUUGAUACCAUGAUAAAAAAAUUAAGCGUGGAACGAUAUUGGUCCUCGGCUAAAGUAAACGAGGAGCGCGAAAAGACUCGUUCAGAAAAAAUUAUUUCUAACGAAAGAGAAGAACAGCAUUUCUUUAACCUAAAGUCAAAUAUUGCUAUGGAGCAUGAUGUCGCAAGCAAUUCUUUUCGAACCCAAAUUCUGGAACGUCUAAAUAAAAAGGAUUCAAUUGACGAGAUCGGCACUUUCUUCCAAGACCCUUCUGACCAAAGGUCAACCAAAUUUAUUGAGAAACUCCAGGAAUCAGAAAUAAUAAGCGACGACUCUGACGAAAUAUUCAAUGAGGAGGACGAAGCUGAAUCACAGAACUCCUUUUCCGCAUCUAAGAAUGAUAAUGAUCCGGACUACAUAUUAAGCGACACUGACAAAUCAACUUCCGAGGAUGAUGAUGAUUUGGAUUGCAAUAACGAUCAUAUAAGUAAGAAGGAUUCUCCAAAAAUUGACAAGGUGGCUUUUCAGAAGACUCAUGAUGCUAUCCCGGACACUGUGAAGUUGAAGUUGAGCACAGGAAAAAUAGUGGAGGACGUUCUUUUUAAAUUUUGCAAAAACAAGGAUUAUGAACAUCAUACCCAUUCAUAUAUUGUUGACUUUGAUGAUAAGGAUGUCAAAGCAUUGUUUACUGAUGAAGAGUGGAACGAACUAACCAAAGAUCGAAUUGAGGUUCCAUCUUUUCCACGUGAUAUCGCAGAAGAAUUAGCAAAAUAUGGAAGCAAAUCGUUAAAAGAGCUACGCACAAAAGUGAUGAAAUCAUAUCUUAAGGAAGAAGAAGAAUAUGAUGUCCACAAGCACUAUAAUCGAGAAUGGAUACAAAUGACCAUGCGAACACUUUGUAAUCUGUAUGAGAAUGUAGAUACCCCUUUAGUAAGGACCCAAUACGAAGAUUGGUUCACGGUUGCACUUUUUGGAACAUGUAUUGAUUUCUGCAUUAGGGAUGCACAACUGGGCACUGAUACUUCUCGAAAUCGGGCCAUCGAAGGUGCAAGGGCUUUUGCAGGAGUUUCAGAUAACAAAUACCUUCUUGAGUCAUUCAAGAUGCCCAAAACACUUCGAGAUAUUUAUACUGAUUUAAUCAAGGCUGUGAAUUUUGACGAGCAAAAAGCAGAUAAACUUCAAGUGUUUGGAAUCUUACACUUUGGGUUGUAUAUUCAAUUCGCAAGAUUAUGGCGCGCUGGUGGAUCGAUCUGCAUUUUUCGCAAAGAUCCCCAAUCUUUCUAUGUAGAUAGCAAAUUCUCAAAAAAUGGAUUAAGUUCCUUCAUUAGGCUUCUGAAAAAGAUAUACCAAUUCAAGAUUAUGAUUAAGAACAAUCUACAAAUUCUUAACAUUCUGAACAAUGGUGAUGAUGAUACUGAAUCUGAGGACUUACUAAAGGAAUUGCUUGAGGAUGAACAAUACUCUACUCCGCCACUCACGCAAAUUAAAUUUUUUGCUGAAUGUGAAAAUACCCCAAAGAAAAAAAAGAAAAAAAGGAGUAAUUCAAAGGAAAAGAAUUCCGGGCGAAAAAAAAUAAAGUCAAAUCAUUCCGUAAUUUAA